AUGAAAACUCUCAGAGGAAAUACUACCCAAGGUCCUACAAAUGAAGAAGCCCAUAAAACUGAGGACCAAUUAUCAAGGCAGACAAAAUGUCCUGUACAAAAGAAAUCUUUUGAGAAAACAGCAAUCAGAAAAGUGUCAAUGACCCUCAAGGAAAUUUUCACUAGGAAAAGAGGUCCUGAAUUUAGUGAAUUUAGUCUAAGCUCAAAACUUAAUGCACAGCAGAAAAUUUCACAGGGUGCUAGAUCUCCCAUAUCUAGGAAAAACUCCAAACACAAUUCAGACUUAAUUAAACACCCAAAACUCGUCCUGCAGAAGAAACCUUGUAAAUGCAAUGAAUGUGGGGAAGCCUUUAGUUACCAAUCAGACCUUAUUGUCCACAGUAGACUUCAUGGUGGAGAAAAACUUGAAUGCAAUGAAUGUGGGAAAACUUUUAGUCGAAGCACACACCUUAUCGAACAUCAAAGAACUCAUACUGGAGAGAGACCUUAUGAAUGCCGUGAAUAUGGAAAAGCUUUUAGCCAGAGUAUUCACCUUAGUCUACAUCAGAAGAUCCAUACUGGAGAAAAACCAUAUGAAUGUAGUGACUGUGGAAAAGCCUUUAGUCGAAGUACCAACCUUAGUCAACAUUAGCGAACUCAUACUCAAGAAAAACCUUACAAAUGUAAUGAAUGUGGGAAAGCCUUCAGUGACCAUUCAACCAUAAUUCAGCAUCAAUGAAUACAAAAUGGAGACAGUCCCUAUGAAUGCAGUAAAUGUAAGAAAGCUUUCAGUUGGAUCUCAUCUCUUAUUGAACAUCAGAGAACACACACUGGAGAGAACCUCUAUGAGCAUAGUGACUGUGGAAUGUUCAGUCAAAGCUCAUCCUUUUUUGAGCAUCAGAAAAUCCACACUGGAGAAAAGCCCCAUGAAUGUAAAGACUGUGGAAAGCACUUCAAUUGGAGCCCAUCCCUUAUUAUUCACCAGAGAACUCAUACUGGAGAGAAUCCUUACAAAUGUAACAAUUGUGGGAAAGCCUUGAGUCAGAGUUCAACUCUCAUCAGACAUCAGCAACUUCAUACUGAGUAA